ACACCUGUAGCCAUGGGGAUUCCCCAGAAAACCACCAGGACCAAGACGAGAAGACGUCUUAGGGACCUUGACCAAAUUGCAGAAGACCUCAAGUCACCCAAGCAUCUCCAAGAGCAUAAGGGUAUGAAAGCUGCCGAAGAUCUCCCUGGUCUCGGACAAUUCUACUGUAUCGAAUGCGCAAAAUGGUUUGAGAGCGAGCACAGCAUGGUCACCCACCGAAAAGGAAGCACACAUAAGCGAAGAGUGAAAGCGUUAAAAGAAGAGCCAUAUACACAAAAGGAAGCAGAAGCAGCUAUUGGUCAACGGAGUCCGGACAAUGGACCUCGACUGGCCGCGAAAGAAAACACUCGGGAUAUGGAGGUAGAGAUGGAGAAUUCGGGGCUGUUGGAGGAAGAUGCUUCGGCGACUUGA